CCUAAGCCGACAACGCUUAAUUGAGUUCAAGUAACCAAUAUGUUAGUGGUAUGUCACCUGAAACGAAACCGGAAACUGUCUUUCGUCUGCAACUUGUUGAGGGAACGCUCCCGCCAAUAUUUAGCGACUGGUUCUGUUGCAUAUGUGAACUCAGAAGCAAUGGCAGAAACUGCAAAUGGAUUCAAACCAUUGGGUGGCAAGAAUUGGAACUUGGACCAGUUCUUGGAGAAGGAGGUUGAAUUGGAACGAUUCUUCACUAAGCAGGAGCUAGACAAGAUGACAUUCCAUGAGCAGAGGAGGCUCAAGAAUAUUGCUCAGAACUACGAGAUCAUGAUUUAUAUGGGUCUGCCAGCCAUCAAACCAGAUUUCAUGAAGGGUCCUGCCCAUCGAGCCAAGGUGGCCAAGGCUGCAGAGGCAGCUGCUGCUCAGAGUUACAAUGUGUGCUUGGACAAGUCAGACUCUGACAGCGAUGAAGAGUGGACCCCCGAUAUGGAGAGAAAGAAACGAGCAAAGGAAAAUGCUGUUAAAAGGACUAUCCCACAUUAUCUUAAACCAGCCAAGAGAAAAUUGGAUGAAAAGGGAGACAGAAAGACAAAAGAGAAGAGAUUGAAGAAAACAAAAAAAACAGAAGAGGACAAGAUUGAGUACAGUCUUCGAGAGAGGAGUGCAGCCAGCUGCAUGAACCUGGAACCUCCCGACGAUGACCAUUUUCUCUACUGUCAGGAAUGCAAAAAAGAUUUUGAAGGGGACUGCCCUGUCCAUGGACCCUACCACUACAUACAGGAUAAAGAGGUAGUAAGUGGGGAUCCCCUUAAAGCUGACAAUACAUUACCUGAUGGACUUGAAAUCAAAAAGUCCAAAAUAGUUGGAGCUGGUCUUGGAGUGUUUUCCAAGAUGGGCCUAGAAUCCAGGAUCAUGUUUGGACCCUAUGGGGGCGAUAUCAUCACUGACAGCCAGGCAGCUCAUAAGUCAGGCUAUUGCUGGCAGAUCUAUACCGAAGGCAAACCAAGCCACUUUGUGGAUGCCCAGAACAAGUGCACCUCUAAUUGGAUGAGAUACGUGAACUGUGCAAUGAAGGAGGCUGAUCAGAACCUUGUAGCGUUUCAGUACAAAGGAGGCAUCUAUUACUGCACUUUCAAGCCAGUUUUGCCGGGUGAGGAACUGCUGGUCUGGUAUGGAGAUGAAUAUGCCAGAGAACUUGGCCUCAUCAGAGACAAGAACUUGCUCUUCAGACCUAAAUAUGUCAAUGGAGAAGAAUAUUACCCAUGUGUGUACUGCAAGAUAGCCUUCACAACUGCAAUCCCCUGUGUACGACAUUUGAGAAAAGUGCAUGGAGGUGAUAAACUGACAUCAUGUGACCUACAAGUUCUGGAUCAGUGGCUUAGAGAAAACGAUGAUAAAUAUUUUAAAAAGCCUUCACAAAAUUUGAAUCACAGAGCCAAUAACAAAAUGAUCAACAGUAUUCUAAAUGGAAAAGAGAAAGGCGACAUUUUACUAAGAGACUCUAAAAGAAAUCUAACAAGUGAAAUAGCACAAAACAAAAAUAUUAAAAUGGAUGGAAAAAAGUACAAUUGCGAGUUGUGCAGUUAUUUCGGUAACAAAAGUGAUAACUUGAAGAGUCACAUGAGGAUACAUACAGGAGAGAGACUGUACAAGUGUGAGGUGUGUGGGUAUGCAUGUAACCAGAGUGGUGACUUAAAGAAACACAUGAGUAUACAUACAGGAGAGAGACUGUACAAGUGUGAGGUGUGUGGGCAUGCAUGUAACCGGAGUGGUAACUUGAAGAAACACAUGAGUAUACAUACAGGAGAGAGACUGUACAAGUGUGAGGUGUGUGGAUAUGCAUGUAACCAGAGAUGUAACUUGAAGACACACAUGAGGAUACAUUCAGGAGAGAGACUGUACAAGUGUGAGGUGUGUGGGUAUGCAUGUAACCAGAGUGGUGACUUGAAGAGUCACAUGAGGAUACAUACAGGAGAGAGACUGUACAAGUGUGAGGUGUGUGGAUAUGCAUGUAACCAGAUAUGUAACUUGAAGACACACAUGAGGAUACAUACAGGAGAGAAACCGUACAAGUGUGAGGUGUGUGGGUAUGCAUGUAAUCAUAGUAGUAGAUUGAAAAAUCACAUGAAGAAACAUGCAAACAAAUAAAAUGAAAGCAAAAAUCACAGUAAUACUCAAUAAAUUUAGUAACUAGUAAAUAGUUUACUUCCAAAUGUAUAUUUUAUAACAAUGUAUUCACUU